AUGGAUGGCUUAGGGUCUCUGUGCCCAACAACGACGCCGACCGCGACGGACCAUCUGCCAUCCCAGUGCUAUCCACCGCUGACUACCAUGGAGAGAGACCGCCCUGCCUCACCGCCACCGCCCAAGGAAAAGACUGUCCCUCCGUCGCCUCCUGGCGUUAUUCGAGACUCGAUACGAAGCGUGGCCUACACGCGCGUUGGAUUCCUCGGAGAGGGUGGCUUUGCCCGUGUCUAUGAAGUACUCGACGCACGCGGUGGCCGUCACGCGAUCAAGUGCGUCGCCAAAUCAUCCCUCAAGAGCAAGAAGAGCAGGACCAAGCUCUACGCAGAAAUAAAGCUCCAUCGCGCUCUCCAGCAUCCCAAUAUCGUUGGAUUCGAAGAGUGCUUUGAAGACGAUGACAACGUUUACAUGACCCUUGAGCUCUGCGAGGUCGGGAGUAUGAUGGACAUGCUCCGUCGUCGGAAACGAUAUACCGAGCCCGAAGCACGUUUUUUCUUAAUCCAGGUCAUCGGCGCCUGUCAAUAUAUGCACUCCCACCAGGUCAUCCAUCGUGAUCUCAAGCUUGGAAACUUAUUCCUUGACCGAGAGAUGAACGUUAAAGUCGGUGACUUUGGUUUGGCCGCCUUGAUUGAGAAGCCAGGCGAACGCAAAAAUUUCGAAGUAGACACAUGGUCCAUCGGGGUUAUCUUGUAUACACUUGUAGUUGGCAAACCUCCCUUUCAAACCAAAGACGUCAAAACCAUCUACAAACGCAUCCGCGACAACCAAUACGAGUUUCCACCCGAACGACCCAUCUCGCCCGACGCCCAAAACCUCAUCUCGGCCAUCCUCACGCCCAUACCAGAGGAACGUCCGAGCCUGAUCGAGAUUCUCGAGCACCCGUUUUUCACGCAAGGCAUCGUCCCUUCGCACAUCCCCAUCUCGGCCCAGGACGUCGCCCCCUCGUUUAGGAAUGUGUCCAGGUCCGCGUCGAGGGCGAACUUGAGGCGAUUGCGCGCGUUGGCGGGUGUACCCGAGGACGACGACCCAAGCGUCUCGAUGAACACGUCCAUCGCGCCCGAGAGGAGGGGUAUCAAGACUAGCAUGGCUCCCUCGGCCGUGCAGCAAGAGCGCGAAUUCCAAAAGGUCAUCAACCCGGGAAGUCCUAUUUCCGCGCUCCUCAGUUCGGCCCGCCAACCCUUGCUCGUCGCCCCCCAUCUGGACGGAUCGACACCGGGCCAAACGCAUACGGGCCGUGCACGCGAGCAGCCGUUGUACCGCAAGUUGGCGGCUGCUGCUGCUGCCCAGGGUACCGGCGCGUCAUCGGUAAACGCAAACGGUCGCGGAGGAAGCGGGCUCAGGCCGUUGCAGGAAGAACAAGAACAAGACGACCUCGUCCCGAUGCGGAACAAUCGCGAGCUCGAGUCGCUCAAGGCGCGGAUCGUGGCGCAGAUGGCCGCUGGAGAGAGGGAAGAGGGAGCAGAGGAAGAAGAGUUUGUGAAUGCGGGCGAGGUCGAAGCUGAUGCGGAGAUGGACGGACUGGUUGCACGGGUCGGGGAAGCAAGACUUGAGAAUGGUAGUGGUAGUGGUGGCGGCGCUGGUGGUAGCGCGAGCGGCGCGGCGGAAGAGAAAAAGCGGUCGAGCGGAAAGGAAAAGAUGAGCAUUGCGCCGAUUUUGCCCAGUGGUACGAGGGACGAUGUGGAUGCAGUUAUGGAAGGAGCAGAGGGGCGAGCGAAUACGUUUGAUGCAGUCGCAUUGACGUUGGCUGCCGCAUUUGCGGGCAAGGAUGCUGGAAAGGUGUGGCGGGAUCCUGCGCUGGACACUGGAUUGACGCGACCCAGAGUUUUCAUCGUUUCGUGGGUCGAUUAUUGUAACAAGUACGGAAUGGGAUACGCACUGGCCGACGGCUCAGUCGGUGUUCACUUUAAUGAUAGCACAUCUAUCGUGCUAGCUCCUAACAAAAUCAACCUAGACUAUAUCUCCUCCCGACGAAACGGCACCAUCUACGUGCGCAAAAACUAUACGAUGCGCGAACAUCCCGAAGAUCUGAAAUCCAAAGUCUACCUCUUGCGACAUUUCGAAAAAUACAUGAUGGAGCGGCUGUACGGUGACCCAGAAUACGCGUUUGAAGACGUCGAGCGAACCAAAGGGAUGGAUUUUGUUCAAAAGUAUUUGAGGAUGAAGCAUGUGAUCGUAUUCAAGAUGAGCCACGAAGUCUUGCAGUUCAACUUUUACGACCACUCGAAGCUCAUCCUGGGCUCACAAGGCCACUCAAUCACACACAUUGACAAGCACUAUACGAUCACGCAUUAUACCCUCUCUGGCGUGAUGGCACGGGUCGUAGCAGGCGACUGGGCUGAUGCGGCCGAAAAGAAAUUCUACGAUCGGCUGUUGAGUAAGCUCAAGUAUUCGCGGGACGUGUUGCAGUCCAUCCGGCGGUCGACGGCCAAUGCAGGCUCUGGAGGGGCCGAGCCCGGCGAUGGAGAGUAA